CUAGCUAAACUAUCUCCUUUGAUUUGUGCUCUCCUCUCCUUUCUACCAAUCUCUUCUUCUUCUUCUUUUUCCUAUGGAAGACCGGCGCCUUGUCCAUGGAGCUGCGCCGCCGUUGACAGCCGUUGAGAGAUUCUUAUACGGUCAAAAGAACGAUGCCUUGUGUUCCAAGAAACAAGAGUGUUCUAGAGACCGACCGAUGGUGAAGACGAAAAUGUCGAUUGAGACUAGAAGCGACAACAAAGAGAACACAACGUUUGGGCCGACGAGGGAGAAACAUUUGGUCCUUAAUGGCGGCAACAGAAGCCCUAUUGGAGAAGUGGUCGCUAGAAGUGCAGCCAGAGAUUAUCAAAACAGUACGAAGAAACGACCUUACAAGAACCUCAUCAAAGGGCAAUGGACGGCGGAAGAAGACAGGAAGUUGAUAAGGUUGGUGAGACAACAUGGAGAGAGGAAAUGGGCACUGAUAUCGGAGAAACUUGAGGGAAGAGCAGGCAAACAAUGUCGUGAGAGAUGGCAUAAUCAUCUCCGUCCUGAUAUUAAGAAAGAUGGAUGGAGUGAAGAAGAAGAGAGGGUUCUUGUGGAAUCGCACAUGAGAAUCGGGAACAAAUGGGCAGAGAUCGCUAAACUCAUACCAGGACGGACUGAGAAUUCUAUCAAGAACCAUUGGAAUGCGACCAAGCGACGUCAAAAUUCAAAACGCAAACACAAACGCGAAUCAAACGCUGAUAACAAUGAUAGCGAUGUCUCUCCAUCAGCUAAAAGGCCAUGCAUUCUCCAAGACUACAUCAAAAGCAUCGGGAGUAAUGGCAUUAACAAGAACAAUGACGAGAACACCAUCAGUGUUCUUUCUACACCUAAUCUUGAUCAGAUCUAUUCUGAUGGAGAUUCCGCAUCGUCCAUGCUUGGCGAUCCAUAUGACGAAGAGCUGGUUUACCUUCAAAAUAUCUUUGCAAACCACCCGAUUUCUCUUGAGAAUAUAGGUUUGAGCCAAACUUCGGAUGAGGUAACUCAGUCUUCGUCAUCUGGGUUCAUGAUCAAGAACCCUAACCCUAACUUGCACAACAACGUUGGAACUCAUCAUCAAGAGGCAACGAUCACAGCUCCGGCGAAUACACCCCACCUUGCGUCUGAUAUCUACUUAUCUUAUUUGUUGAACGGUACGACGUCGUCCUACUCCGACAUUCACUUUCCGUCUUCCUCAUCUUCCACGUCAUCCACCACCGUAGAGCACGGAGGUCACAACGAGUUUCUUGAGUCUCAAGCUAACUCUACAAGUGAAAGAAGAGAAAUGGAUCUGAUAGAGAUGCUCUCUGGUUCUAUUCAAGGUAGCAACAUCUGCUUCCCAUUGUUCUAGCUACACCCAUGAUCAUGUGAUGUUUUAUGAUCAUUCUAUCUUUCUCGUCCUUUGUUUCAUAAUUUUCGUCCUUUAAUUUUCUUUCCAUAGAUCAUAAGUUCCAAGCUGCUUCUCGUAUCCAAAUAAUUAUGGUUUGUUUGC